CGCUGGCCGUCGUAGCCAGUGGCGCAUACUUACUCCUAACCGAAUACUCCGAUUUGAGGGCCCCGCCGGCUGGGUUACGGCUUCCGUCGAGAGUGCUCGUUCCCGUGGCGUUCGCUACAGCGAAAUCGUAGGAAAAAUGGCGACGGAGGAUAUUGACCGUGCUAAGGUCGAGUCUAUGCUGCGUACGCUGAAGUUAUCAGGCCAUGUUGGUUUCGAUAGCCUGCCUAGUCAGUUGGUGAACAAGUCUGUGCAAAAUGGAUUUGUAUUCAACAUUCUUUGCAUUGGUGAAACUGGACUUGGAAAAUCCACACUUAUGGAUUCUCUUUUUAACACAAGCUUCGAGUCUAGUCCCAGUCCCCAUAAUUUGCCAUCUGUAAAACUUAAGGCACACACCUAUGAACUGCAAGAGAGUAAUGUCAGGCUGAAACUGACUAUUGUUGAUACUGUUGGCUACGGUGAUCAAAUCAAUAAAGAAGACAGCUUCAAGGCUGUCGUUGAUUACAUAGAUGCACAAUUUGAAGCAUAUUUGCAGGAAGAGUUAAAAAUCAAACGCAAUCUGGCGACCUACCAUGACAGUCGGAUCCAUAUCUGUCUUUAUUUUAUAUGUCCAACUGGCCAUGGCUUGAAAUCUAUUGAUCUAGUAUGCAUGAAGAAACUGGAUACCAAAGUUAACAUUAUUCCAAUUAUUGCUAAAGCAGAUACAAUAUCGAAGACUGAGCUACAGAAAUUUAAGAGCAAAAUAAUAUCCGAGUUGCAAAACAAUGGGAUACAUAUUUAUCAAUUUCCAACUGAUGAUGAAAGUGUAGCGGAUAUAAACUCCACUAUGAACACUCACGUACCCUUUGCUGUUGUUGGUAGUACCGAUUUUGUUCGCAUGGGCAAUAAAAUGAUGCGUUCUCGUCAAUAUCCAUGGGGCACAGUUCAAGUCGAAAAUGAAUCUCAUUGUGACUUCGUAAAACUACGCGAGAUGCUGAUAAGUACUAAUAUGGAAGACAUGCGUGAAAAAACGCAUUGCCGUCACUAUGAACUUUACCGAAAGAAGAGAUUGGAGCAGAUGGGUUUUAGUGAUGUUGACAGCGACAACAAACCUGUCAGUUUCCAACAGACGUGCGAAGCGAAGAGAUCCAUUCACUUGCAAGAAUUGCAACAAAAAGAGGACGAAAUGCGACAGAUGUUUGUCGCACGAGUGAAAGAAAAAGAAGCUGAAUUGAAAGAAGCAGAGAAAGAGCUCCAUAGUAAAUUCGAUAAGCUAAAGAAAGAUCACACCGAAGAAAAGAAGAAAUUAGAAGACAGUCGUAAGAAACUUGAGGAUGAUAUAAUGGAAUUUAAUAGACGAAAGGCGCAGUUUGCACAACAACCCCAACAUCACACGCUGACAUUAGGCAAAAGCAAAAAGAAGUAAAACACAUUUCAUCACGACGAUAUCUUUUUAUACCGUUUGAAUAUGAUCAUGCAUUUAAAUUGCAUUAGCCAAUAGAAGUAUUAUUUAAUAAUAUACCUGUAUACCUGAUAUAUUAUUUUAUUAGAAUACAUUUUUUUAUACGUAUAUUCCGUACAUAAAUAUUAAAUAUAUA